GUCUAUCUUAUCCCUCUGAUGCUAGUGCUUUACUUGCUAUUAAUUUUGUUGUGGUUUGCAUAAGUACUUUAUCAACAAUGCAGGUUCAUGAUCUGUUGAAGAUUUACAAUGAAAUUGAUGUCCCUUCUGAGCGUUUGUUGUUCAAAAUUCCUUCAACUUGGCAAGGAAUAGAGGCUGCAAGAUUACUGAAAUCUGAGGGCAUACAAACUCAUUUGACUUUUGUAUACAGCUUCACUCAAGCUGCAGCUGCAGCUCAAGCUGGUGCGUUUGUUAUUCAGAUAUUUGUUGGUCGAAUCAGGGAUUGGGCACGUAAUCAUUUUGGUGACCCUGAGGUAGAAGUUGCACUCAAAAGAGGAGAAGACCCUGGGAUAGCUUUGAAUAUAUUUCGCAUGGACAUGCUUGCGGCUAUAAAAAAGAGGCAUCAAACAAAUGGAUGGAUCUUCAUUAUUGUCCUCUGCUGAAGAAAACUUACGGCCCCAAGGAGAGUGACAAUAUCAAGUUCUGCUACAAGAUUAGUGACAUACUCAAUGUCCAAUUUCAUUAUAGCUUACUUCUGAAUCAUCGAAGCACACCAACUCUGGUUUUAUUAAUUCAUUGAGUGAGGCUUUAUGUGUAUUGAGCUCCACUAAAUACAAUUCCAGAUAAUGAUGUAGCAGAGUUACAAAGAAAACCCCUGUUUUUGGUGGGAAAACUGGAGUUUAUUUACAAGUUGAUUGCCCAAUUAGCACAAGCUUGAUGUACCCCAAUU